CGUCGAAUUUAUCGAUUUUCCUGAAAAAAUUCAUCCAAGUAGAUGACUGUGUUAAUGGAGGAAAACAUUUGCAAAAUUCUACGUUUCUAAAUAUGUCCUCUUUGAUUAGUGAUUUUUCGUGUAAAUGUGUAUCGUUUAUUUUGCUUUUAUUUGUGAUUUAUGCUCGUACAGAUGACGUUAAACUGUUAUCCAAACGACAAGAAUACGAUGACUUUCACGUGUGCGCGCAGAACUUCGAAAUACACCAAGAUAAAAUUAUCAGGACGGAAGAAUCGAAAAGAAUGGGAGCCAAAUAUCUGAGUGGAAAAGAUGUAUCUUCCAAGGACGAAUGCGUUAAGUUUUGCUGCGAAACGCCUAAUUGCAACGUAUUCGUUUUAGAAGAAAAGGUGUUUAAUCAGCAAUCUGGCACGUGUUAUUUGUUCGAAUGCGGUACACCGGAUAAUUUCAAGUGUAAAUUUACCAGGCAUCAUAAUUACAGUAGCGCUGUUCUCAUAAUUAACAGGCCGCAGAUGCAGCUCGAAGAUGAAAUACAGUAUACACAGCAUGAACGAGAGCUUACCAAUUUGAGGACUGUGGAACACAGCACCAAGGCUAAAAAUUGCAAUCAUACCACCAAAGCAAAUACAAUCAAUGAUAACCAUCUUAAUGAGAUCAAAGAGCUUUCCAAACCUGAAGACGAACUGAAUACAUCUUUCAGAAAACCUAGUCAUUGCAGCAGAUACCAAUUUGAAUGCCGAACGUCAGGCGAAUGCAUAGCUAUUUACAACGCUUGCGAUGGAAUUCCACAAUGCGCUGAUCAUAGUGACGAGGACCCCGAACUUGGAUGUCCCACAAACGCUCCGGCAGCACCCAAGAAAUUAGCCGAAAAUACCUCGAACGAUAAACAAGCAUCCGAUGAGAAUAAUCCGAACGUCGCUCGAGGUUCGGUACCUUUUAAAGCUACGAAAGAUAAAUCUCAACAAGAGGUCAAUGUGCAAGAAUUGAUGAAAAAUCAAAUCCCGGAACAAGGUGUUAUUAAUCGCCAAACUUUCAGUCGACAGUAUAAACUUAAUCAGUGGCAGAAUCGUGUUAAUCAACAACCUUACAAUAACGCGAACCCGAGUGAAGUUCAAAAUUAUCCUGCUAAUGUGAAUGUGCAAGAUCCUAGAAUGGUUCCUCAACAUCCUCCUUCUGGAACUGGUUAUGGAAGAGAAGGUGAAAUGAUGGAUACGAAUCCUUGGGCUGGAAAAAAUACCGAUACAAGGGUAUUUAAACAAAAUUAUGGACCUUUGCAUAAUUUCAAUCACAAACAGAACGAUAUCAACGUUCCAUACAAUUAUGGAGAAUAUGGAAACAUGGGAAUGAACCAAGGCUACGAUAAAUACAAUGGAUAUCCAGGCAACAAUUAUUAUCCACCAAAUGGCAACUCUUGGCACCCUAGAUCACCAUCGUCAAACUAUGAACCAGAACGAACAUUCCCAGAUUCAAAGAACAACGAACCACCGAGAAAUCGAGUCGUUCCCGAAUAUUUUUACGAAGAUGCCAAUGCACCAGUUACCAAAACAGCUGAACCACUUUCUCAAGGAAAUGUUUCUCUCAAAGCUAUUUACAAUGCAACUGCAUUAGCAUCCAGUGGAAAAAAACCAGAAAGUACUUCAGGAAGUUCGACCAAUAUCACAAAAACCACCACCCAAAGUGUCAAACAAACUAAUCCAGCUGAUGUGACGACAACAAUAGCUAAAAAAGAAUCAGAAACGGCGCCAAUUAAACAAACCGUUGAAAAAAGUGGCGAGCAAAACGCGCACAGAAAAUUAGAGAAACAAUUCAGCGCCGAAAUCGUAGAUGCUCGCGAACAGCUUUUAGACGCUAAUAUUAUGGAUGGUUAUACAGAACAGCCAAAUGGAGCUUUCAUAUCGUUGACUUUAGGCUUAUGUGUUACCGCUAUCAUGAUCUUCGUUGUUGGCUGCAGAUUAAAAUCAGUCCGAAAAAGAAUCCGCAGAGCUGGAAAAGCUCCAUACGCCCAUGAUGCAGAUUUCCUCGUUAAUGGAAUGUACCUGUAAUUUAUUAUUUAAGAAAAAAAAACAAUUCUACAUCAUUUUAUAGUGUCAUCGACUAAGCUUUUUGCCUCGUUAUAUUGCGAUCAAAUCGCAAUGUUACCAUUACCAAUUCGAAUACUCGGUGAAAAUCGUAUAUUACCUGUUCGACAAAUUCAUUUUAAGGUUACCUCUUGACUGUCGAUAUAAUUAUUCGAAGAAGCCGGUUACUUUAUUCUUAAACAUUUUUACGAAUGUAUUAGAUAUUUGAAAGUUGAACAAAAACGUUGAUAAUAUUGUAUCUACCUAUCUGUUUUAGAUCUACUGAUUACCUGUUUAUAUUAUUCAAAUGAUAGGUAAAACAAACUUUCAUAUUAUUAGAUAUCGUUAAUACCUAAUUAUUAUUCUAGUCCUUGAAUAAUAUAUAAUUUAUUUCUACUUACCUACUUGGGUAGGUUCUUUUUCGAUCCAAGUACAUAUUGAAAUUGAAAUCCAACUUUAAAAACAAUACCUACGUUAAAAAUCUAUUCAGACGUCAGACCUUACUUUUUGUUUUCAACCAAACUGUCAACACCGUCCAUGUUUAUAUUCGCCAUUAAUAAGUCUAAAAUUGGACUCGAGCCAAGAACAAACAUAAUCUACUUACCCUAAUCUUGUACCUACAAAAUAUCUUUUGAUCAAGUUUACAAUUUUAUGUAAAUGUUAAAAAGCAAUAUAUCAGAGUUGGCAUUUUACCUAUUAUUAAGGCCCUUUUACAAUAUCUAAAAUAAUAUCUGCCUUUCAAUUACGUGAGUUGAAUGCACAAAAUUAAACUCAAGUAUAGGAGCUUUUUACGUACUAGAUUUUUUUGCUAUUUGGGCGCAAAUAUUUUUUCAAGUUUCCAACAUAUUGCCUACCUCAUACAUACUGUAAGUGAAUAACAAUGUUUUUUAAAUUAAUAUUUUAGAAAAUAUCAAAUUACUUACCUACCUAUUAUGCAUGAAUUAUUGUAUAAGAUUAUUAUGUAUAUUAUUUAUUUAAGUUACGGUUAUUGAAACAAUGAUUUUUUUUAAUUCGUUAACGUAUGCGUUGCUUUAAUUGAGUAAGAUACAUUAUAAUCUUCAUGUAAUAUAAAAAUUUUGUAAUUUUAUAUACUAUCGUAGACGUGGACUGCGGACUGCAAUCAAUGAUUAUUUUUGCGGUAAAUUUUUUGUGCGAGCGGUUCAUCUUUUUUUGUAACGAAAUGUGUAGAAAAUAAAUCACUAAACGAUGGUA